UCUCAUGAAGGUUUUUCUUACUUUAUUUGCUUGCACAAAAGACGUGUUAGGCCGCAUAGUUGUUGUGUCCACGCCUUAUGUGGAAGAAUCAUCAGUUGAAACACAUCUAUGUCAGCUCAUUAUUCUAGAGGAUGACUGGUUCGUGCUCGAAUCAACAGAACUCUUGCAUUACUCAAAACUGUAUGCCGCUUACAUCCAUAAACUAACUUUUUCACACAGCAAAUGACCAAUCUUAACUCAUAUUGCAGAUCGAGACAUCAUUUACACACUUGAGGCAAUAGUUGCUGAGCAGGAACAAAAAGGACCCGUCAUUGCAACUAUAACUUCACUCAUUGGUUAUCUUUCCGAAGGUAAAUCGCUAAAAGUCCAAAAUUCUGGUAUUUUGUACACAACCUCACUAUUGUUUUUAACGCACAGGAAGAACAAUCUAUCGAACCACCCACAACACACGGGUUAUAAUUGACCAGCAUUUGCGCAUGCAUCGACCAAUGUUUUACAGGUUAGCUAUCCUUUUGCUAGCCACUAUAUAUUUUGUCGCAUGAGUCACAAAGCAUUAAUAUAUUGUCGUUUAAAUACCGUCACUCAAACUCAAACAUGCCAAUCUUCUAAAUUGAUCAAGCUCGAACCAUAGAAUAUAUCAGGCCAAUCCAGCCACACGACAGAUGCUACUCAAUCAAGGAAUUACUUUUCGGCUUAGCUACAGAUACUGAAAUGGGCAUCGAAACAUCAUUUACACACUUGAGGCAAUAGUUGCUUAGCAAGAACAAAAAGGACCCGUCAUUGCAACUAUAACUUCACUCAUUGGUUAUCUUUUCGAAGGUAAAUCGCUAAAAGUCCGAAAUUCUGGUAUUCUGUACACAACCUCACUAUUGUUUUUAACGCACAGGAAGAACAAUCUAUCAAACCACCCGCAGCACACGGGUUAUAAUUGACCAACAUUUGCGCAUGCAUCGACCAAUGUUUUACAGGUUAGCUAUCCUUUUGCUAGCCACUAUAUAUUUUGUUGCGUGAGUCACAAAGCAUUAACAUAUUGUCGUUUAAAUACCGUCACUCAAACUCAAACAUGCCAAUCUUCUAAAUUGAUCAAGCUCGAACCAUAGAAUAUAUCAGGCCAAUCCAGCCACACGGCAGAUGCUACUCAAUCAAGGAAUUACUUUUCGGCUUAGCUACAGAUACUGAAAUGGGCAUCGAAACAUCAGGAAAUAUAUGUUUCCUUCUUUCUUCUAAUGAUUAACCUAGGAUUCAGAAUGCAUAUCCUCACCACAUCUUUAUCAUUAUUGGUUAGACAACAUAUAGGUGUCUGGCAUCAGUCCAAACAAUCGAUCGCAACUUUGGAUUCUUCUGCUGGUUGUGUCCUGAAUGAUCCCCACAAAAAGAAAGAUUGCUCUCAAAUGAUGUCUAAUCCAAUUGCUGCACACCAAUUGCUCAUGACGAUAGAAUUAGGAGGUACAUAUUAUUAUACACAGAUAUCUCCAAUAAUAAUAGAAGUACAAAACAAAACCAAAUGACUAAAUCUGGCCAUGAACAGCUUCUAUAUCUCAGCUGACAUGUAUGACGAAACAGAUCAGACAACAUUCCUGAUUAGCCAUGAAGCUGCUGCAGCACUCCUUCAAACAGGUCCUGCAUGGGCUCUUGAGGAACCAGAUGUUGACAUUCUUCUCCAGCCUGUCAUUUACCAAGCAUACACGUUUGAAGUGAAACAAUUGCCCUGGUCCAAGCACAAUCGUGAAUGCUUCGAGGUUGUUUCUGUUUGGAGUCGUCAUGCUGCAAAUGUUCAAGAUUGAUGCACCUCCUGAUUACAUCAGGAAACUUACGCACCGGUCACUUGCAAUUAGGGAUGGCAAUGGGUAGGGUCGGGGGCGGGUUUACCCUAUACCAACUCCUAACCCGCCGGGUAAAGCCUUCUAAAAUAAACGACCAAAUAAUCACCGGGUAUGAAAAUUAUAUAACCAUACCCUACCCACCGUGUAACCACGGGUAUUCGGGUAACCAUGGGUACGAAUCCUAAACUAUGAACUUAUACACAUAUAUGCACAUACAUACUGUUGUCUAUUAAAAAUUCUCAAUACUUGUAACUGUUCUAGCUUCAACAAUCCACACAAAUAAAAACAACAAACACAUAAUAAUUGUUUUUGCUUCUACAAUCCACACAAACAUAAUAAUCGUCUACAUCUUCAUCAUCAAUAAUGGUAGCUAAACUAAAUUUCGCAAGCUAAACUAAAUUUCUCAAGGAAAAUUGACCCUUUGGUUAGCGGGGCGGGUAUAACGGGGCGGGUAUUAUCGAUUACCAUAACCGUACCCUACCCUUUAUUUUGAAAACGGGUAUUACCCGUACCCGCCCCUUAACCCGUCAAAGUGAGUAAUUACCCUCGUUGACCGGUUACGGUCGGGUAGGGUACCCAUGGUUAUGGAUUGGAUUGACAUCCCUACUUGCAAUCGAGGUUGUGCACAGUUCACCAUUUGUGCCCCUAAUGCAAUCUUUUUUUUCCUUUAAGAAAUUAAGCUUUCGUUUCUCGCUGGACAUGUUAUACUUUAUUAUUUCGCUCUGUUGCCUGAGGAAGAUACUUACUUCCCACUUUUGCUCAUCCAGCCUCUUUUGGGCCCAAAAAAACAAUCAUCUAGAACUAAAACAUUUGCGAUCCAUUACUCUGCCAACAAGUUGUAUUUGUUAUUAGGUUAGUGACAGGUUCCUAGUUUAGCUGUAUUUUCCUACGGUUAUUUGCUCAGAAAAUACUACUUAGAGAGAACUCACGGAAUGGAAUGCUUGCCCGAGGCCCCCACCUCAAGGUUCAGAUGGUCCCACUCAGCUCAGGGGAUCCCACCCUACUACGAAUCCCCCGCCAAGUGAUCACUCGAUAGUGAUUCAAUGUGAUGGGUCGUUCUUUAGCGACUCCUAGUCGGCGGCUUAUGGUGUUGUUGUUGUUAACCACCAUGGACAAGUGUCUGAUGGGAGAGCUGAAAAUCUUCUUUGUUCCACCCCGAUUGAAGCGGAAGCAAAGGCUCUCUUGGAAGGAAUUAAAUUAGCCCAAGAAUAUGGAUCGGUUUGUAUAGUACAAACUGACUGUCAGAUGAUGGUGAAGGCCCUUAAGAAUAGCCAGUCGCGAUGGCCCUGGAGAUGUGCAGCGUGGAUUAGAAUAAUGGUCAAUAUUCUUCGGACUAAUCCUGCAAUUUCGGUGGAAGAAAUUCCGAGGACCUCCAAUGUCAAAGCGGAUUGGGUGGCACGAUCAAAAGCUAGAGAUAGGUUACCAGAUGACUGGAUUAAUAUUCUUGAUCUAAUUUCUGAUCUCCUGUAAGAAUGUAUUUGCCUUUGCUUGGUGCUUUUUUAAGGUGGAAUAAAAGUUGAUAUUAUUU